UAAUGGAGAUGAGCUCAAUUAAGGAAGCGAAGAGGGAUUUGAUUACCCUCGACCUCCUCGGCGGUGCCUCGCCGGUCGUCCGGAUUAAGGAUGCCGGUGUUGUAGGCCUAAAGGCAGCGCCGGCUUUGGGUUGCUACCUCCCUCUUCUCCGGCCACUGGACCUUAACCAGCUUCCGGACGAUGUGGUUCGGCUGAAGCCGGCGGCAGAGCAGCUCGCUGGAGCGAGCCAAAGCGUGUGCACGAUCGAACAGGUGAAGCGGGCGCUGGAGCAGGCGGGGCGGGAAUCUCAACGCAAGCGGCGGCCGCACUUAGCGGUGGAGAGAUCUGCAGUUUCUCCCUCUGUCCGUUCGGCUUCGGCGUCCUCGUCGUCGUCUUCGUCGUCGAUAACGACCGCGUCGGCGAAGCGACCGGCAGCUGUCCGAGAGGAGGACGGCGGCGGAAGCAGCCUGGUGGUGGCCGGGUGCUCAGGCUGCCUCUCGUACGUGCUGAUCGCGAAGGAGAACCCGCGAUGCCCGCGCUGCCAGUCGCAAGUGGUGCUGGCGGCGGCGGCGGCGGCGAUGCUGCCGCCGGCCAAAAGGCCGCGGGUUGCUCUCGAUUUCGAGAUGGGCCUGUGAUUUUAGCAUUUUUGGGGGUGAUUUAUGUAAAAAAAGAUUAGCGAGGAUGAUUAAUCCUAAUUGUUGGUUUUAUGUACACGUGUCAUUUUGUAAAACGAUUGAUUUUAUUUUACUCCUGAAAACAAGAAAAAUACUUCUGUAUUUUCUUUCUAACUA